AUGUCUAUUGAAAAAAAUAAAAAAAAUAAUCUAAAUGACUUCUUAUGGACAUUUCAGGAGGAACCACAUAAAACUAGACGUAAAGAAAUAAUAAAGGCACAUCCAGAAGUGAUAAAACUUUGCGGGCAUGAACCACUUACAAAAUAUAUAAUAUGUACAGUGGUUUUAUUUCAAUUAGUAUCAGCUUAUCUACUUCGUAAUGAAAAUUGGAUGUCAUUAAAAUUCUUACUCUAUGUGUAUUUUUUUGGUGCAACUGCAAACCAUAAUAUUUUUCUUUCAAUACACGAAUUAUCCCAUAAUCUUGUAUUUAAAAAUGCAAAAUUAAAUCAAUAUUUUUCUAUUUUUGCAAAUUUACCUAUCGGACUUCCAUAUAGUGCAUCGUUUAAGCCAUAUCACCUAUUACAUCAUAAAUACUUAGGAGAAGAUGGAACUGAUACUGAUCUUCCAACAAAAUUGGAAGUAAUACUCUUUAAUAACGUCCUUGGAAAAGCAUUUUUCUGUACAUUUCAAAUAUUCUUUUAUUCACUUAGACCUAUAUUUUUAAAAAGGUUGCCAUUUACAUCUUUACAUAUUUAUAAUUUAUUAAUUCAAUUAUUAUUCGAUAUUAUCUUAAUACGGCUAGCAGGCAGUGGCGCUUUAUUUUAUCUUAUUUUUUCAUCAUUUCUUGCAGGAUCACUUCAUCCUUGUGCUGGCCAUUUUAUCGCUGAACAUUUUUCAAUUAUUAAAAAUACCAAUGAAACAAUUGAUACAUAUUCAUAUUAUGGAAUUUUAAACAUUCUGACAUAUAAUGUUGGCUAUCAUAACGAGCAUCAUGACUUUCCAUUUAUUCCUUGGUCUCGUUUACCAAAACUAAAUAAUAUUGCAAACGAAUUCUAUAGAAAUAUUCCAUAUCAUACUAGCUGGAUAUAUGUAAUGUGGCAAUUUAUUACAGAUGAUCGUGUAGGACUAUGGUGUAGGAUUAAGAGAAGAAAUAAAUUAACAUUAAUCUCUAAAUAA